AUGCCUUCGUCAAAAGGCGAACCGACCGAUCCCGAGUUGCGCGAAAAGAUCAAGGAGGAGGUCAAGGCUGAGGAGAAAGGUGGCGGUGCUGGGAGCUGGUCAGCAUGGAAGGCGGGAGAGCUAGCCCGUCGCUACGAAGCCCAGGGAGGAGACUACAAGGACACCGGUGACAACAAGAACAAGGCUCAAAAAGGCGAACCCGAGAAGAACAUCAAACAUCUGCACAAUGCCCUCCUCCUACCCCUCAAUCACCCUGAAAUCCGCGACCGCCUUCCUACUCGCCAUCCUCGCCACGCCCGAGAAGACCCCUUCCACGACACCACCCCCUUCCCCACCAACCCCUCUCAAUCCUCCUUCCGCGCGCAAUCCCUCUCCACCGACCCCAACACCGCAACCUGCAACCCCUCCACCGACCCUCCCAUUCAACGCACCUACGACCUCGUCGACGGACCCGGCCCAGGCUGCAGCUACCAGUCCUUCAUUGACUACUUCACCACUCCUCCUUCCCAACCCGAUGGCCCCGCCGAAUGCGCAUCCCAUUGCGACGCCAGCGCCUCCUGCCGCGCCUUCAACUGGUUUCUCGACUCCGCCACGCCAGACAUCGGCAACUGCGAGCUCGCCAACGACUUCUAUAACCCUGCCGUCGUCGAGUGCGGUGUUGAGGGCAAUACGAACACGUAUCUAGGCGUGUGGAACGCGACGGAUUGGGCGCCGCCGGCGGAGAUAGUGAUCAAUGGCGGAUUCGAGAGCGGGUGUUUGGAGCCGUGGUUCUUCUCGGAUUUUACUAGUGACGAGAGUAUGGUGCCGAUGGUGAUUGAUUGUGAGAGCAGCGGGGAUUGUGCACCGGAUGGUGGUUGUAAGUACCUGAGUAUUACGGGCAAUGGGGAGAAUGGGAGUACGCGGGAUCACAUUGAUGCGUAUAUUGGGCAGAAGCCGACAUUGGAGGAUGAUGUGCAGUAUCGGCUGAGUGCGAGCGUUAGGGCGCCGAUGGGGAGUGUGUUUCGCUUUACGUAUCCGGUGCAUACGAGCGUGAAGAUUAGAAGUGAGGGGACGGGGGAGUGGGUUGAUGUGGAGGGGACGCUUGAUGGGCAGAACACAGGAACCUUUCUGAUACAGAUGGACGCGCCCGGUGCGGCUGAAUUUGCCAUCGAUAACGUGAAGAUCGAGGCAAUACGGAUUGCCGAUGUCGACUCGAAGCUUGACGGGAUACUGGAGUUGCUAUCGCGCAAUGAUCCCAAGAACAGUCCCAACGGCCAUACCGUCGGGGCUAGCAAUGAUGACGACUUCGACGUUGACCAGAACCCAGGCACAACGAAACACAUGAAUGCACCCUUUGAUGGUGUGGUUGUUGAGCCUUACGGAAGGACGCCCGAACCAUACCCCUACAUAAGGCCGCUCUGCGACUAUCAUUGCGGCAUUGAGCGCGAGGAUGCUUCAUCACAACGCAUCUCGGACUCAGAGUACUUCACCGGCUUAGGGUUGACAUGGGCGGAUUUGCAGGAUUCUCUCGCAAGGUAUCGUCUGAGACAGGCUUCGUUCCCUUUCGUCGUAGUCCCUAGAGACUCUACCAUUAGUUCUAUGAUGGAGGAGAGCCCGUGCCUUUUACUGGCAAUAGCGGCGACUGUGAAGUCAGACGAUCUUCUGCAACAACAAAGACUCAGCAAGCGCUUCACAGAGGUCAUCGCCCGAAAGGUCGUCGUGGAAGGUGAAAGAUCCGUCGGUCUGUUGCAAGGACUGCUGAUCUACCUCGCCUGGUACCACUUCUUCUGGGUACCUCGAAGUCAGCAACUCUAUGGUCAUUUACAGAUUGCUGUUGGUAUGGUGGUUGAUCUUGGACUAGAUCAAGCCCUAUCCGAUGCUCUUGCAGAGCGCUGUGACCUGCGGCUAAGGAAGGCGAGUAUCGUUGACUCAAGCCAAUUGACCGACCUCAGCCACGACAUUGAAGCCCAAAGGGCAGCACUCGGAUGCUUUCAUCUUUCGUCCCUGGUGUCUGCGGCAGUAACUAAGCCGAACAACUUCAAGCUCAACGACUACCUACUCAAGUCUGCUCGGGCGCUACAAGAGACUGCUGAAGUAGACACAGACGCACUGAUUUAUCCCUUAGUGCGGCUCGACCAGAUAGUCGAGCAUGCCAGGGAGCUCUAUCACGAAGACAAAUCAGGUCACGGACGGACUCGGCUUCACACACAUGCUGUUCACAUGCUCGACCGACUCGAGCACUGGCUUGCCUCGCUCUCGCCGGUCGUACAAGGGUCCAGACUACUGCAACAUGCAUAUCGUGGCGCCAAAAUAAGAAUACUGGAGAUGGGACUUGUAUAUCGCUUCGGACCGGGCUUGUUCUACAGCGAGCAGCUCAAGCAGAAAACCCCACCUGGAAUUGAUGUCGCCAAUCCUGGUUUGAUCCAGAACCUGAGCUUCUGCACGGAUGCAGCCAAAGAUUAUCUAGACAUCUUUCUUGCUGAUUUUACGCCCAACCAGUAUCAUGCCCAGCCACUGGAAGAAUGGUUGCGACUCAUCUUCGCGCCUUUCGUUCUGUACAGACUGUGUGUCGGUGUUCGCGAGGUCCCAGACUGGACAGUGGAGACAGCAAGAAGUACAGUGGACUUGGAAUACUAUCUACGAAAGAUUGGAGACCGACUCCGAGCGAGUGUUGAUACGUCUCGUAGUGUCGCUUUUGGUGACGCCGAGGAAGCGACGCCAUCGUCCGCGAGACCAUCAGGCAGGGUAUGA